AAUGAGACAGAAUAACAAUAUUACAGAAUUUGUCCUCCUGGGCUUUUCUCAGGAUCCUGAUGUGCAAAAUGCAUUAUUUGUCAUGUUUUUACUCACAUAUAUUGUGACCAUGGUGGGGAACCUACUCAUUGUGGUGACUAUUAUUGCCAGCCCUUCCUUGGGCUCCCCAAUGUACUUCUUCCUUGCCUGCCUGUCAUUUGUAGAUGCUGUGUAUUCCACUACCAUUUCUCCCGUAUUGAUUGUAGACUUACUCUGUGAUAUAAAGACUAUUUCCUUCCCAGCUUGCAUGGGUCAGCUAUUUAUAGGUCACUUGUGUGGUGGUGCUGAGAUCUUCCUUCUGGUGGUGAUGGCCUAUGAUCGCUGUGUGGCCAUCUGUAAGCCACUGCACUAUUUGACCAUCAUGAAUCGACAGGUUUGCAUCCUUGUCUUGGUGUUGGCUGUGACUGGAGGUUUUGUGCAUUCUGUGUUUCAAACUGUUGUUGUGUACACUCUCCCCUUCUGUGGCCCCAAUGUCAUUGACCACUUUUACUGUGAUGUGUACCCGUUAUUGGAACUGGCGUGCACUGACACCUACUUUAUAGGCCUCGCUGUUGUUUUCAAUGGUGGAGCAAUGUGUAUGGUCAUCUUCACCCUUCUACUAAUCUCCUAUGGGGUCAUCCUAAACUCCCUUAAAACCUACAGUCAGGAAGGGAGGCAUAAAGCCCUGUCUACCUGCAGCUCCCACAUUACCAUGGUUGUCCUGUUUUUUGUUCCCUGUAUUUUCAUAUAUGUGAGACCUGUUUCAAACUUUUCUAUUGAUAAAUUCAUGACUAUAUUUUUUACAGUUAUUGCACCCAUUUUGAACCCCUUUAUAUACACGUUGAAAAAUUCAGAGAUGAGAAAUGCUACAGAAAAACUCUUGUGA